UGUGCGAUGCCCGACGAACCGGCCGCGACGCACAAUAAUAAUGCAAACCUUCUCGCCGAUUACAUGUUUCCGAUGCCAACCGAACCCGCGCCGAUGAUGGACUUUAGCGGCCUAGGAAGCACCAGCAGCAUGGCGCCUGGGCAGUUCGCAACGACGGGAGCCGAUUACGCCAACACCAAACCUUGGGUCCUGGGAUCCCUCUUCGGCACCAACCACAAUGGCGACGCCCUCGACAUGGGGAUGUGCUGGGCGCUGAGCGGCGAGGGUGAAUGCACUUGCCACGCGGGCGUCACGGAGCUGCUGGCGUCGAUGCGCGGCAGCGGCACCAGCAACGACCAGCGGCUGUCACUCGACGCGCAGCUCGCCAAGCUGAAGCUUUGCAUCAUGUCGUCCGAAACGUCGAUGGCGUGCUCGCACGGCGGCGAGGACUCCGAGCCCAUCCACAUCAUGGCCGUGGCCAUGCUCAUCGGCUACGUUAUUGACGACUUCAAGAUGCUCGCCAACGACUCCGCGCCGCGCAAGGCGUCGUCGUCGUCGUCGGCGGCCGAGAUGGCGACCUUGGGGAACGCCGAGAGGGGGACCAAGCCCAUGCCCAUGCCCAGCCGGGCCAACACGCCAACCAACAUGUCCCUGGGAGGCCUCAUGGAGCCGCGGCUGUCGUGGGGCGUGCUCGAACUAGAGGAGGACGACGAGAUGGACCUCCGACAGCGGCUGUACCUGCUGUCAUUCCGCAAGCUGGAGCGGCUGCUGUCGCAGCUUACACUGUAUCUGCGCGAUCUGCACAACCAGUGGGCCGGCCUCCCAGACCCGUCGCGGCACACGGCGUUUAUGAUUGCGUGCGAUUACACGCGCAUAUGGCUCGAGAAGAAGGCCGGUGACGUCAAGAGAAUGUUUUCAGUGCCCGCGAGAGACGAGACGAUGGAUUCAGCGCUUGCAUAGCAUUUUUUAUUUCAUUGAGUUUGUGAUGCAUGAUGAACAUUUUAGCACGGCGGCGUUUCUGUUUUCUUUGUUUUUUUUUGUUUGGGGCGUUGGGGAAAAUAUGCAUGAAGUUACACUUCCUCGGUGCACCCUUUGUAUCUAUGCAUUCAGUGCUGUUGCGUCUCACGGGUAAGGCUCCGGCCGGAUGUCGGGUUCGAGUGGAACGGUCCGUAGCAUGGCCUCUACGCAGUAAAACCUUGGUAUAGUCAUACGGCUUUUCGGAGGGCUAUGGAGGGUAUUACUGUAUCAAGAGUCACAUGUAAGUGAUUUGUAUACCAAUGGUCUCCAAAACAGCAAGGUCAAGGGGGCACUCCUCCAUAUAAAAAAGCCCCUGGUCAGUGUAAUAUUGGUGAGCCGGGGCUUAUGAUACCAUAGUAAGCAAGUUAUUAUAAUAGCCC